AUGGAGCAUGAUGCUGCACUGGGCCCAAACCUCUCAAAGCUGGGCACCAUGAUCCCCAGCCAGCCCUCUGUCCUGGAGGAGUGCGGCCACUUCAUCCCCGACCACGGAGACCUGAGGGUCCUGCUGAGACACCAGAAGCAGAAGGGCUUCCUAACCACCAGUGCCAUCUCCUCCACGGUGGGCGACUGCGUGCUCUCCUCCCUGUCCUUCCUCCCGUGCCCCCUGGAGUCCGUACUGCCGGAGGAGCCCCCGGCCCCAGGACCCCCCGCCGGCAACGAGCCAGAGGUGGAGGUAGAGGCGACCCCCGACCCAACGGACGGCGGGCCGGCGUCGGACAAGGACCCCAACCCCGUCUCCGAGGGUCCCGUCGCGGCGGCCGUCGAGUCCACGGGCGGCGGGGGCGGGGCCCUGGAGAGCCUCUCCGCCGUGCACAACGUCCCUCUCCCUCCACAGGAAGCGCGCACGACUCCGGAGGAGGAGGAGGAGGAGGCGGGCGCAGAGACGCGCGGUGCCUCGCCGUCCAGCCCUCUGCCCUCACGCCACCGCGACGGAGAAGACACGGAGGCCGCGGCGCCGCCUGAAGCCCCCGCCACUGCCGCCCACGAGACAGUCGCAGCUCGGCUGCCCCCUCCCCCCCCGGAGAGGCCGGCCUCCCUCCGGGGGUUCCACACGCCCUCCAGACCCGCCCCCGCCGCCGCGGAGGGCGACGCCCAGCAGCGGCUGCAGAUCCAGCGCGUCACGCUGCACCAGUGGGUCUCCCAGAUGGCCUCCAACAGCCUCUCGCUGCCCCCCCUGCCGCCCCUCAGCCCCCCCAGGGCGGGCCCCGGCGGGGGCGGGACUAGCGGCGGCGGCGGCGGCGGCGGGCACUCGGGCGCCCGGAAGGACCGGCGGCGGCGCGCCAAGUCGCCCGUGGAGCGCUUCACCUGCGACACGUGCGGCAAGCGCUUCGCCUACCAGUCGAAGCUGACGGAGCACCGGCGCAUCCACACGGGCGAGAAGCCCUUCGCCUGCGUCACCUGCGGCAAGGGCUUCCGCACGCAGGCCUUCCUCAACACGCACCUGCCCAUCCACAGCGCGGCGCGGCCCUACAACUGCGGCCACUGCGGCCGCUGCUUCCACCGCAUGCCCAGCCUGAAGAAGCACAUGCUGACGCACAGCGAGCGCAAGCCCUUCCACUGCGGCGUGUGCAACAAGGGCUUCACGCAGUCCACCUACUUCAAGCGCCACAUGGAGUGCCACGCCAGCCGCAGCAGCUUCCCGUGCGGCGAGUGCGCCAAGGCCUUCCCCACCGAGUUCAAGCUGGCCAACCACCGGCGGUGGCACGCGCGCGACCGGCCGCACAUGUGCGAGCGCUGCGGCAAGCGCUUCCUGGUGCCCAGCCUGCUGAAGCGCCACAUGGGCUACCACGUGGGCGAGCGGCAGUACCUGUGCGCGCAGUGCGGCAAGACGUUCGUGUACCUGUCGGACCUGAAGCGCCACCAGAAGGACCACGGGCCCAAGACCAAGCUGCCGUGCCACGUGUGCCACAGAAGUUUUCUCCAGCAAGUACUGCCUGCGCAAUCCACUGCGCAUCCACACGCCGGGCGGAAGCCAAAGCACGAGGAGCUGCAAGGCCGGGACGCGGCGGGAUUCCCCGGGACGCAGUCCUCACGUAGCAAGCGCCGUCGCACCCACAAGAAGCGGUACGAGGGAGGAGGAGGAGGAGGACGGGGUGCGGGGCCGGGCGGGCAACAUCGAUCUGCAGAUGAGCCGUCCGUCCGGGCCGGUCUAUCCUUCCAGUGCCCUCCUGCUUCCCUGGGAGGCAGCCAGCGGUCGGCUCCGAUCAGCGUCGUGGCCCAUUACCUCCACCUGUUCUCCGCAAAGAUACCCCUGGAUCUCCGACGGAGGAACCUCAAGGUCUGCCGGCGAGGCGGCCCCAAUUGGACCCGCCGCUCGUCCUUCGGUACUGAAGAUGAACCUCAGGGGGUGGUGGAACCGGCCCUCUGCGUUCUCUGGAGGGCGGGAUCCGGAGGGGCGGAAGGGGGGUCGGAUUUGGCCAGGGAGCGUGAACAUGGAACCGAGACGGGGUUAGUAGGGGAGAUGGUCGACGCGCCCGUUGUGGGAUGGAGGGUGGUGAUCUGUGAAGAGGGCGUUGGCGGGGCCUAG